AAUGCUUGCCAAAACACCAUAAAGUUGUGUAAAUGCCUGUUUGACCUUUCUUAUCAAGCCAGUGUAUCUAGCUAACGGCAUUGAACAUGUUUCUACUACGCGUAUAUGCUUCUACAUCGAUUUUUCGUACGACCAAAGGGUUAUUCAUGGAGUCUGCUUUAACAGGAUGCUUGCGGACAGCAAGUGGAGCAGCUAAGGACAAGGAGCCACUGCGCAAGGCCAAAACCCCCCAGGGCCGCUUUGACAUGAAUGAUGAGAAGAUAAAGGAUCCCCUUGAAAAGUUCCCUGAUGAUGUGAACCCAGCCACUAAGGAGCAGGGGGGGCCCCGAGGUCCAGAACCCACGCGCUACGGGGACUGGGAGAGGAAGGGCCGCUGUGUCGACUUCUAGUUUCCAUUCCUGGUAUAUUACACAUGCGAUGUGGACAUACCUUAUCUAUAACUUAUGUCUCAAUGUCUGAGGAUUGUUGUGCAAGAGACCAGGAUUAGUACACCAUACUGAAUCAGUCUGGACUAUUUCCCCAUGAACCAUACAAUCUGAUUUGUAGUUUCACAUUUAUACACAUGUAGUCUGUAGAACAGUCUCACUUACUUUUUAUGGUGCAAUACUCACUUUGCACACUAUUGUCUUUGUUGAGAUGUAUGAUGAGACAUGAUGACCUAGUGAACAAUAAAGGCUGCUGAGGGAGGAUGGAUCUUAAUGGCUGAAAUGAAGUGAAUGGAAUGACAACCCCCCCCCCCCCCAAAAAAAAACUGUUUGAUUCCGUUUACUCCAUUCUGAACAAUUUUAUGAGCCGUCCUCCCCUCGGCAGCCUCCACUGAUAGUGAACGAUUGUCAUGCGAGUUUAUUGCUUCCUGUACAGAGAUGUCAAUGUUGUGAAUAAAUGCAAUGUAAAAAAUUCUGGAGAUUACUCUGGCAUGUUUUUACUUUUUGAUUAUUGCUCAUUAUAUUGAGUCAUCGACAAUGCCUCUGAUCUGGUCCGUAUUCCUACAUUAGCCCCUGUCUCUUUUCACUCUACUCUCGUUCUCUUUCCUGCCUCUUGGUUGUUUAUUGAUUCUGUGUACUGUACAAUGAAGGGAAGCGCUCCUGCUCAGCGACACUCAACAGGCAACCACCUGGCAUUCUGACCUGAGCGGCACUUCUACGUCUUGUCUGACUGGCACACCCUUACCCUGUAACAUGUACUGAACAAAAAUAUAAAUGUCAAAGAUUUGACUGAGUUAGUCCAUUGAAGGAAAUCGGUCAAUUGAAAUAAUUUAAUUGGGCUGUGAUCUAUGGAUUUCACUUGACUGCACAGCAUUUGAGAGAGAAGCUUUUCGUGAGUAUGGGAAAUGUUCUGGGAUCCAUAAUAAAUUGUCCAAAUUUGGGGAUGAAGGGGAUAUUACAAAGACAGAAUGUGAGUAUAUGAAUGUUGACUGCCCAACCACAUGUGUGACACCUGUCAUAUACGCUCUACCCAAAAUUCACAAGAGCAUGACACCACCUUUACCAGGCUGGCCCAUUGUGAGUAGUAAUGGUUCUCUGACAGAAUAUCUCUACGUUUUGUGAAACCCUGGGUGAUAUUUUAAAAUGGGUUUCAAUUGUGGGUGAGCGGCAAUAAUGUACCAGUGCUUCCUGAUAACGUCAUUAAAUGCCUUCCCCAAUGGUGAGUGUUGGGUGAAGCAAGAUG